AUGGCUGAAACCCCAACCAAGCGCCAAAGGGUUGAUUGCAACAGCCAGGGGCCCAGGGACACUCCCUCCUUUGAAGACUCCGCGCCUGACGGAGAUGUCAUCUUCAUCGUGCAAGGCAAAACUCGAGUUCGCCGUGCCAUGCAAUUUCGGGGACCAUUUGCAACAUCCUUCCUACACAAGAUGGCAGGCAUGGCUCGACCUCUGCAUGAAGUCCAGUAUAAACCAUAUAUAUAUGUCUUGACCGAGAUCUACACGAUGCACGAGACCAGCUUCAAUAAUGCUGUCGACAACUUUGCGAGGAAGGAGUACUUGCAUGCGAAGGCAAUAUCGGAUAUUUGCCGAAUCCUGCACGAGAAGAAGUACCGUGUGGUCGGCCAUGCUCACUUUGAGUACGCUGUCGACUGCAUCACGUGGAAGGCAUACGUCAAGGACUUGGAGGUCGAUAAGCACGAGUACGGCUGGCCUUGGUGCUCUGACGAGUCAGAGCCAAGGCUAAAGGACUUUGCCCAUGGCGUUUCGUCCGCAUACACGGACUGGCGAAAGGCCAAGGGUAUUAAGGAUUCUCAUUUUGCGCCAGAGAAGGUUGCCCAGCGCGUUCAGCCAAAGCCCGAACCGACAAGGAGGGGUCUACCAACCACCAAUACCGGUGAAGGAGGUCAUGUCUCAUCGCCGCAAUCAUCAUGGCAUCAGAGUUGA